AAGUAUGGUACUUGGAGCUAAAGUAAAGGUAGAGAUCUAUCUAACUCCUGAUAAACAAUGGCAGAUAUCUACCGAGACAGCAAUCAAGGCCAAAUCUGUGAAAGGUUACGCAACCUAUAACCGCAAACUGACGCAGAACAAGUUUAAGGAAUGCGAGGGGAAGCCUGAACUUCUGGAUGAUUGGGAUCAACGCUUUGUUGUUACAACUCUUAUCAGGUAA